CAACACACAUUCUGCACGUUCCACAUGCGCUACAGGUGCGCUGUGCUCUGAUCCUCUCGCGCUCAUGGACCCUCACACAGAGCGAUUAUAAGAGCAGAGCAGAGCCCACCGACAGCCCCUGUCUACUGCAUGUGGCAUUAUUUAUCCGUCUUUUGAAGGACGAGGCUGUGUUAGAUAUUACUUUAAAACACUUUAGUUGAUUUGAAUGCACCAAGCUCAGGAUAAAAUGCCAUUUCUUCAGCUUGCACUGGACACGCAGUUGGAGACUUUGGCUGUCAAGCAGGUAGUGCCAGCUCUGUUGGACCAAGGCUUCUUUUACGUGGAUCAUUUUCUGGGGGACAUCGCGGGACACAUGGUUUUGGGUCAGGUCAAACGUAUGCAUUAUUGUGGGAUUCUCAACGACGGGCAGCUGGCCAGGCGAAGCAGUGGAGUUUGCAGGACAAACAUCAGAGGGGAUAAAAUAACAUGGGUUAACGGGACCGAGAGGGGCACGGAGGCUAUCAAUUUCUUAUUAACACUCAUAGACAAACUCAUUUCUCUGUGUGUGGGUCAACUGGGCAAAAGCAUUCAUGCAAGGUCAAAGGCAAUGGUGGCAUGUUAUCCAGGAAAUGGAGCAGGAUAUGUGAAACAUGUAGAUAAUCCUAAUGCAGAUGGCCGCUGCGUCACCUGUAUUUACUAUCUGAAUAAAAACUGGAAUGCCAAGGAACAUGGUGGAUUGCUAAGGAUCUUUCCUGAAGGGAAAUCUUACGUAGCUGACAUCGAGCCUUUGUUUGAUCGACUUCUGCUUUUCUGGUCAGAUCGUAGGAAUCCUCAUGAAGUUCAACCGUCAUAUGCUACAAGGUAUGCAAUCACUGUGUGGUACUUUGAUUCAGAGGAAAGAGCUGAAGCAAAAAGAAAAUUUAGAGACCUGACAGCCACCUCACAGAAAGAUUCAUCAUCUUAACGUGUAAAUACACUGGCCUGUCUCCUCUGAGAGGAUUUUUUUGAGUCUAUCAACUUAUUUCUUUGCUUUUUCCCCCCCUGUUUUUGAAUUGCUUGUUGCACUAAUGGUACCUCUCCCUCCACUUUAUAUGUGAUUUACUUGGUUUGAAUCUGGUCCUUACAAUCAUUGAAGAGUCUUUUGAAUAACAUGCUGCUAAUGUAAAGACAAUUUUGUGGGGGGGGAAAAAAAAAAAAAAAAGGGAUAAUCUUGAUAUUGAUUAAUGUACUAUUAGAUGUUUAUUGUAAUUAAAUUGUUCUUUAAAAAACCUUUUCAGAGCUAUAUUUAAAGAAAAUAAACAAAUUAAUAGAUGAGAUAAGAAACAUAACACUAGUUGUUUGUUUUAGAAAUUUCAACAAGCAUUAUAAAUGUUUCUUUUCAUUCUUGUCCCUUUUUUAUAUGCUGUUAUGUUUUUGGCACAUAUUGUAUCAUUCUUUGCUUCAUGAGCACUUCAAUAGAAAGAAAAAUUUGAAAUUUGUUUUGAAGUUGUGUAUGUACAGAUGCUUUAUUGUUUUUGAAUGACAGUUUGAUGUUGAAUGAGACUUUCAAAUAAGAGAUGUUUAUAAAAGUCAUUGUGUGUUCACAAAAUGUUGUUUUGAAAAGCACUUAGUCCUGAUAUUACUUUUUGUUCAGUCCUAGUGUGGCUUAGUGUUUAAUGAGAGAAUUUAAUCAGCUUGCAUGCAGGUCAGCAAUGCUGCUCAGCCACAUCCUUGGAUCAAUAUUUGACAGUUGUUUCAUAAAAAGUACAGCUUUAUAAAAUGUUUCUUUAACAAAAGUUGUUCUGGAAAAUUUAAAAUGUGUGAACAGUUUCUUAAUGUAGCUACUGUACACAAAUUGAGACUUGCAACUAUUUGAAAUGGCCAAAUUAAACAAUGUGAAAGUAUUGAAAUGUUUUCAAUAAUUGUCUAAUUGUUUGUAUUACAUUGUUUUGUUCCAAUAAUAAAGUUUUUUUUUUUUUCUUUGGCCAUAAUUUAAA